AUGUUCGCCCGUCCACUUUUCCUCCGUCUUACCUCCAGGGCCAGCACCAGGACAAGCGUCAACGCCAGCUACAGAAGUACCGCGCCCUUCCACCACCUCAGCUCUCUACGAGCAGCAAAUCCCGCGAUGGCACAAGCCACCUCAGAGCAGACACGCACCUCUGCGUCCUCGCCGCCUGCCGUCACUCCAGAGUCGCUGAGAGACAUUCUCACCACUAAGAUCGAGGCACAACAUGUAGAAAUCGAGGACCUCUCAGUUGCGUACGUUUAG